AUGUUCGUCUAUACUAAAAUCGAAGCCCUGUCCGAAGAGAAACGUAUUCGUUUACUCUAUCUCGCCCCGGCGGAGAGCAUCGAUGAUCCGAUUGAGUGCCAUCUGGAAGUCGUCACUCUAGGACAACAUCCCCCUUUUGAGGCAUUGUCCUACUGCUGGGGAGACAACAACCCUGUCCGCGAAAUCAAGUGUAAUGGAGAAACCUUCAAAGUCACCGAGAAUCUCUGUCACGCGCUAAGGAACCUUCGAAAUGGCCGCACCCAAAGAGCGCUCUGGAUCGAUGCCCUUUGCAUCAACCAACUCGACCUCGGGGAACGGCGACUUCAGGUUCCCCUGAUGGGAGACAUCUAUAGCCAGGCAACAAACGUAUUGAUUUGGCUAGGUCCUGAUCCAACCUCGGACAGCAUUUAUCAUGUAUUUGAACUUGCUGAGAGACUCCCAACGCUCGGAAAGCUACGUAUGGGCCCCAAAUGGACCGAGUUUGUCCAGACGACUUUUCCAGGUAGCCAAGAAGCCAAGAUUGUAAGCAAUUCUCAGUCGGAAUCAUCAGAAUCUCCCGACACAGCGUUUCCUGCUCUGACACAAGAGAUGCUGGAUGGUAUCGUGGCAACGUUGAGGCGACCAUGGUGGACGAGAACGUGGACUAUCCAAGAGCAAGCCGUUUCUGCGAAUGCAAUCAUCAUGUGCGGCAAGUUAUCAGCCUCAUGGCAGGUCUUUAAAAAGGUAUUCGUCAUGGCCAUGACUGAGACCAUUCGGACGCAGGGCCACAACAUCGAGUCGAACAGCUCCACGCUCGCGAUGGACGAGAUGAACACCAUGGCCUACACGCGUCUAAUAUUUGAUCGUCGGCGCGAGCAGGGUGGUUAUAAAAUGCCCAGCGAGCUCGGAGAUUUGCUCAUCAACUACAGAUGGUCCAUGGCCACUGACCCAAGGGAUAAAGUCUAUGGUCUUUUGGCGUUGGCUGAAUCAACAUACGGCAUUCAGCCCGAAUAUGGCAUUUCGAUAAGGGACUGUUACACAGCUGCUGCAUACCAAAUCAUACGUGGCAGUGGCAACUUGGACAUUCUAAGGGCUUUGAGGAGACCUUCUUGUCUGCCUGUUACCAUCCCCAACCUCCCUUCGUGGGUCCCCGACUGGAGUUACGACUACUGCAGCAUUCCAGAGGAAGCUCGUCACCCCAUAACUAUCUUCAAGCCGUCUGCACGUGAGACCUGGCUCAACACCCAUUCCUUCAUGUUCAAGGCCUCUCAUCCCAAAUUCCAAGCAUCCAACCCCCAGAUGGACGACUAUCCGAAAGAUGGAGGGCCUAGUGGAAUACUGAUUCUCGAGGGUCUGAUUGUCGACGAACUGGAUGUUCUUGGAGGCAAAUUGGAUUAUCCGGUGCCAAUAAAGGAACCAGUGACGACUAAAAACCGUAUCAGAGUGUGGAACAAAAACAUGAGCUACAACAAAAAGGUCAUAGAGGCAAUUGGGGAGAUAUGGAGCACGCUCAAAGGCUGGGAGCAGUUGGCGCUUGGAUGCAAACGCCUCCAUACAGCCCCUGGAGAAAGCCGUGAGGAAGCUCUGUUGACGACAAUGUGCAAGGACCAGAUCCCUCUGACCUCAGACAGGACUGUUGUUCUUGACCAUAUGCGCCGUUGCAUCAAGGGCAUGGCUGAUGACUCAAAGACAGGCGCCGUGUCCAAGAUACUGGGCCUGCCGCACAUGGUCCCCAGGUUACACCACAUGCUGGUGGGCUAUCCUCAACUUGCGAUGGGCCGUCGAUCAGAGGAUGGCGAGGACCAAAGGCGGAUACUUGGCCUUGGUCCCUGGGACUUGCAGAGUUGGGGAUGA